AUUGUAUUUUACCUUAAACAAAGCACUUUCGUUUUAUUCGACUAAACUCCACUUCCUAUACGUGAAACGAAACUUUGAAACGGGUAGUCUCGACAGGUUUACAAAUUUAAACAUUUUAAUAGCCUAUCAUCUGAGUUCGUGUUUUUGGGGUUAUCUACAAAAAUGAGCGAGAACAUCCUUGAGCGGGAGCCAUGCAAAGAGGCCAAGUUUGUGGAUGAUAAAAGAGCAGAGCUUAUUCAAAGGGUUACUUCAGUGAUGCCAAUAGCAGAUGAGUUAAAAAGUAAGAACAUGUUACAUGGAGAAAAAUAUGAUGAGAUCAGAAAAAAAGAAACCAACCAGGACAAAAUGAGAACGCUGUUUGAAUCAUUGAAGUCUGGCGACACGGUCAAAAUUGCCUUUUAUGAAUUGCUGGAAAAGCAUGAACCCCCCCUUUUCAAAGAACUGGGUGGUGUCAGCAGGAAACGCAAGCUUGCUGAUCCUGAAUCCCCAGUACCAUAUAAAAGACUUAAUACUGGGAGUAAUGAACAAGACAACCUUAAUUUUAACAAUGCUAGUACCUCAGCACAAAGACCAGCACAAACCACUGUGUACAACAUAGUUAAUGAAAGUCCACCUUCUUAUAACAUGGAAAAUAUCCGAAACUCCACUGUACCCAAAACUGAAUGGAAGCCUGUCAAGCCCCCUGCACUCAAGAAAGAGAAGAAGCCCCCGGCACCCAAGAAAGAGAAGAAGCCUCCGACACCCAAGAAAGAGAAGAAGCCCCCGGCACCCAAGAAAGUGAAGAAGCCUCCGACACCCAAGAAAGAGAAGAAGCCCCCGGCACCCAAGAAAGUGAAGAAGCCUCCGACACCCAAGAAAGAGAAGAAGCCUCCGACACCCAAGAAAGAGAAGAAGCCCCCGGCACCCAAGAAAGUGAAGAAGCCUCCGACACCCAAGAAAGAGAAGAAGCCUCCGACACCCAAGAAAGAGAAGAAGCCCCCGGCACCCAAGAAAGUGAAGAAGCCUCCGACACCCAAGAAAGAGAAGAAGCCCCCGGCACCCAAGAAAGUGAAGAAGCCUCCGACACCCAAGAAAGAGAAGAAGCCCCCGGCACCCAAGAAAGUGAAGAAGCCAGCUGGCCGAAAAUGAGGGUAUACAAAAAAUGCAGAGAAAAAAGAAAUUUUUUUGGUUCAUUAAAACAUUUUACAAAAACUUCAGCAUAUGUUUUAAAAGCUCAGAUACUAUAUAAUUAUAAAUGCAAAGAAUUCUAUGUUGCUAAGCUUGAAAUGAUCAUGCUGAUCUUACUGAACUUUAACUCUUGUUAUUUUUACUGAAUGUCUUCUGUCCAUGUUACUCAAAGUAAACUUCUUUAAAUUAAAAA